AAGUGCCUAUAUUCGGCUCUAGGCAGCGGUGGCGGAAUUGCUGAUUCACUCAUACGCGCUGCGCUACGCUUUCAGACUUGGAAUCUUCUUUACCUUUCGAAAGUUGGGGAAAGGGCAAAAAUUGAGUCUUAAUUUCCCAUCCAAAAGCCGAAUUCCCUCUGCGCGUAGACUUUUGCCGGGUUUGAGGAAAAAAGAGGAUGAACAUGACGAACUUUCUCUCUUUGACUAUCAUCACGUCGCGAGAAUCGAUAUUCGACGUUAUACAGGCUUGUAUGAACAUUCGUACAAGUGUCAGACCAAUCUUUUCAUACGCAAAUCGAAUUCCAUCUAGACCAUCUUUGGCUUUUAGUCGAACUUUAUUCACUUCACAUCGACCUCCCAAAAAUUGGAAAGCAGCAGGAGCUUCAAUCGCCACUUCUACUUUAGCAUUUGCCGCAUUAGCAAACACUCAUCAAAUUCAUUCACAAGCAGCCACUGAAGAUAAAAUGGCACCCGUUGCAGCAUCAACAAACGGUCAAUCGACCAAACCAAGACACAAAGUUGUCAUUAUCGGUUCAGGUCCAGCAGGUCAUACAGCUGCGAUUUACCUUGCCCGAGCAGAAUUGAAACCAGUUUUGUUCGAAGGUAUGUUGGCCAAUGGAAUUGCUGCAGGUGGUCAAUUGACAACAACGACGGAUGUGGAGAAUUUCCCGGGUUUCCCAGAUGGUAUUCGUGGUCCUGAAAUCAUGGACAAAUUCAGAGCGCAAUCUGUCAAACAUGGAACGGAGAUUUUCACGGAAACGAUCUCAAAGGUGGAUCUAUCAUCAAGACCAUUCAAAUUCUGGAGAGAAUUCUCGGAGGACAGCGAACCUGAAUUGGCCGACACAAUCAUCAUGGCAACAGGUGCAAGUGCCAGAAGAAUGAACUUGCCUGGAGAAGAGAAAUAUUGGCAAAGCGGUAUCUCUGCUUGUGCAGUUUGUGAUGGUGCCGUUCCAAUUUUCCGCAACAAGCCAUUGGUUGUGAUCGGAGGAGGGGAUUCAGCCGCAGAAGAAGCAACUUAUUUGACGAAAUACGGAUCUCACGUUUACGUUCUUGUUCGUCGUGAUGAAUUGCGUGCAUCCAAGAUUAUGGCCAAGCGUCUAUUGAACCAUCCAAAGGUUACAAUCCUGUUCAACCACGUUGCUCUAGAAGCAAAGGGUGAUGGAGAAUUAUUGAAACAGCUACGGAUAAAGGAUAUCAAAUCAGGAGAAGAGCGUGAUUUGGAUGCAAACGGAUUGUUCUAUGCUAUUGGACACGUUCCUGCAACGGAUUUGGUAAAGGGACAAGUUGAUUGUGAUUCAGAUGGAUACAUAACCACAGUGCCCGGAACAGCUCAAACGAGCGUGAAGGGAUUAUUUGCUGCUGGUGAUGUACAAGAUAAGAAGUACCGUCAAGCAGUCACUUCUGCCGGAUCAGGAUGUAUUGCCGCUUUGGAAGCUGAGCGUCUUUUGGCAGAAGAGGAAGAGUACGAGAACAUUAACGAAAAGGAUGCUCAAACACAUCCAAACAACGCAGAUCCAUCCAAAGCUGGAUUGUAAGAAAAUUAAACAGCCAUGUAGACAGGUUUUAGAUCACGUAAUUAUAUUUCAAUUGGAGCAUUGA